CGGAAAAUAUGUUGUACCUGUUUACUUAUCUACAAACACUGACGAAUAGUUCUGUCACAUGGCACAGGUUGUCAAUGGUGAAAAAGCAUCUAUGAGUUCUUAUAGUCGUCAGAAUAGAUUCAAAAAGCAAGACAGUAUGGCAGACAUUAAAAGCAGUAAUUGUGAUGAAACAAAUACGGGAAACAACUCUAAUGAACACACAAGUAAGGGUCAAGUCACGUGGAAUUCACACAAGAUGAAGUCCAUGAGAGAUUCAACACGACUCGGCACUUCCUUGCAUGGAACAAACUUGUCUACAUUAAUGACAAAUACAAAUUAUGGUAUUGUCGUUGGUAUUGAAAUCACAAACUGGACAAAGUAUCAUCUGACCGAACCAAAAACGAAGACAUAUUCAGGAUACAUAUCAACGCCCGCUGUUUCAGUAAGACCUGGACAUAAAGAGGCAAUGAUAGUACAUAAGCACGGUUAUACCAUGACAGGAUCAAGUGGAAUUGUCUCUUGGCUUAUAGAAAACCAAAAAAGGCGCAUUGCAAUCGUGUGGAAAUCACCAUAUUUUAGCAGCAACAGUGUUGGUAUUUGCAUAACGACGGUUGGUAAUGAAAAUCAAGACGAUUCCUGGUUCAAUGUUAUAAGUAACAAGCAACAGGAUGAAAAACUGAAAUAUAAAUUUUCUACGUUUAGCGAUACGAGUGAUGAAAUAAUGAUUAAAGAUAACGAUUUUCAGUUAUUUGGUUCCAUGGGAACCAGCAGUAAACCAGAAGUUAAAAUAACACUGCGUCCGACAAUGACACAUGACUUAUCUAUUACAAAACCACAAUAGUCAAUGAAUACAUUUUUUGUAUUUGUGUAAUCAGUUCCAUAGGAGAAGACUGAAAAGUAAUAUUAACAAACUUCUGAAAAUGAUAGAAAAUAAGAGUAUGUAAUCUUAACGACUAUGUUCAGAAGUUAGAUAUUGAACUCUUUCAUUUUAUUACUUUUUUCAAAAUAGUUACUGUGGUGAGCUCGAGGGUGUGUGAGCAGGAUUUCGUACCAAUCAUACAAACAGUAAGUGUGAGGUCAGUUUCCCCACAUUUUUUUUUUCUUUUCACGUGGAAAAGUAUAUGUCUAUAUUAGGAAUACAAAUAAAUCUUUCGGGUGUUUUUAAUACUUUCGUGGUGUUUUUAGUAUUCCAAAUUUCUCAGAAUUUUACCAGCUUCCAAAUAUUGUCGUGUUAUUGAAUUAAAUAAACGAAAAUAUCCAUACCUGUUAUACACAUCGUCAAGCGUUAUUCAAUGUUUACAUUGAUUUUCUGAUGACAAAAUGUCACUGUUGCUGUAUUUCCAAAACGUAUAGUAAUUUGCUAGGAGAUUCGCAAACUAUUUGUAUGGCGUAAUCUUUCUUUAAUGAUAUAGGAAAAUAGGAUUAAUAAAAUAUAAAGUCUGACAAUAAUAUUAAGAUGGCUCCGUAUUACUUUUUCCUUAAUAAAAAUUGUUACUUAUAA